AUGGAGCACCACCGUGCCAACGGCGACGUCGCCGUGCGGGUCUCCUCUGCGGGCUCCGACGGGAUCCGCAGCCUGCCGGGCAGCGACGACGACGCCUCGGAGCGCGGCGGGCGCGCAAUGAGGAGCUUCAGCCAGGCCUACAAGACGCGCCACCGCACACCACAGAUGUUCACGGCGUGGCAGACGGUGGUGCUGGCGUUCCAGUCGCUGGGCAUCGUGUACGGGGACCUGGGGACGUCGCCGCUGUACGUGUUCCCGUCCAUCGUCCUCCCGGCGCCCGGCGGCCCCGACGAGACGGACCUGCUGAGCAUCCUCAGCCUCAUCCUCUGGACGCUCACCCUCAUGAGCCUCGUCAAGUACGUGCUGGUCGUGCUCCGCGCCGACGACCACGGCGAAGGCGGCACCUUCGCGCUCUACUCCCUCCUCCGCCAGCACAUCUGCUUCAAGGGAGCCCGGAUCACCCGGCUGCCCUCCGACGUCGACCUCAGCUUCCACAGCAAGAUCGGCAAGAAGAAGGGGUCCUCUUGGGUCCAUGCCUUCCUGGAGCGCAGCGGCACGGCGCAGUCCUGCAUCACUUACACGGUUCUCCUUAGCACUUGCAUGGUCAUGGGCGACGGCGCGCUUACUCCUGCCAUCUCCGUCCUCUCCGCCGUCCAGGGGAUCCAGUCAAGAUCUCCCAAAAUCGAACAGAAGCACGUGGUGAUGAUGACGGUGGUGAUCCUGCUGCUGCUGUUCCUGUUCCAGCAGCUGGGCACAAGCAGGGUGAGCUUCUCCUUCUCGCCGAUCAUGGUCGCCUGGUUCGCUUCCCUCUCCAUGAUCGGGAUCUACAACAUCGCCACGCAUUACCCGCCGGUGCUCAAGGCCGUCUCGCCGCACUACAUCUACUACUACUUCGCCAAGAACGGCUUCGUCGGAUGGGAGCAGCUCGGCGCCGUCAUCCUCUGCAUCACGGGCGCCGAAGCCAUGUUCGCUGACCUGGGCCACUUCAACAAGUCCUCCAUCCAGCUGGCCUUCUCGGUGUUGGUGUACCCGUCGCUGAUCCUGGGCUACUCGGGGCAAACGGCGUACCUGAUCAAGAACCCGGGCCACAUGAGCACGGCGUUCUACAGCAGCAUCCCGGAGCCGCUCUUCUGGCCGAUGUUCGUGGUGGCGACGCUGGCGGCCAUCGUGGCGAGCCAGUCGCUCAUCUCCGCCAGCUUCUCCAUCAUCCGCCAGUCCAUCGCGCUGGGCUGCUUCCCCCGGGCCACCGUCCGCCACACCUCCGACAGGUACGAGGGCCAGGUCUACUGCCCCGAGAUCAACUACCUCCUCAUGGCCCUCUGCGUCCUCAUCACCGUCGGCUUCCAGGGCGGCCCCCAGAUCGGCCAAGCCUUCGGUGUUGCGGUGAUCUGGGUGAUGCUGAUCACGACGGCGCUGAUGACGGUGGUGAUGGUCGUGAUCUGGGAGGUGCGCGCGGUGUGGGCGGCGGCCUUCUUCCUGGUCUACCUGGCCAUCGAGGGGAUGUACAUGAGCUCGCUGAUGACCAAGCUGGGGCAGGGUGGCUGGGUGCCCUUCGCCAUCUCGGCCUUCUUCCUCGCCAUCACACUUUCCUGGACCUACGGCCGGAAGAAGAAGAGCGAGUACGAAGCCAAACACAUGGUGGGCAUCGAGGAGCUGUCGGCCAUGGUGGUGAAGAAUCGCGCGUCCAGGGUGCCCGGGGUCUGCGUCUUCUUCACGGACCUCGUCAACGGUGUACCCCCCAUCGUGCGCCACUACGCCGAGCACACGGGCUGCCUCCGCGAGCUGCUGGUCUUCGUCACCGUCAGGACGCUUCCCGUGCGGUCCGUGCUCCCCGAGGAGCGGUUCCUCGUCGAGCUGCUGCCGUCGGCCGGGGUGUACAGGUCCGUGGUGCAGUACGGGUACAUGGACAAGCAGGAGGUGGAAUUAGUCGGGGGCGAGUUCCUCGACUCGGUGUUUGCGGCGCUCAAGGCCGUCGCCGGAGACGAGGACGAAGCCCGGAUGAUGGAGCUCGCGCGGAAGAGCGGCGUCAGCAUCGUGGUUGGGAGGACUAUCCUGGCGGCCGGCACAGGGCAGGGGUGGUUCAAGCGCUUCGUCCUGGACAACUUCUACCGAUUCCUGCAGAAGAACUUCAGAUCCGCGCUCGACAUCGAUCACGCCAACACCCUGCAGGUCGGGAUUCGCUACAACAUAGAGUAGUUGAGGAGUGUGCUUAUGACUAUGAGCAUUGUGUACUGGCCAACAUGUUCGUUUGCAAAGUUCCUGAACGGAUUAUUUGUCAUUUGUUGGGUGUUGUGAACUUGUGAUAGCUUAAUUUAUGUGCUGCUACGUGCAGAAUUUAUUUAUCAGUUAUAGCCCUCGAAA